AUGAGGAAUCUCUCUACUUCAGCAUGGAUAAAAGAUACUUCUAUCACCUUUCCGAAUUGGCCGUCUACAGAUACAGCACAACUCGGCCCCGAUCUGAUAUCAAGCUUCAACUCCUGGACGGCAGAGACAACGACAAUACAUGCGAACCUAGGUUGUCGGGACAUGACGCUAGAAAGCGCUGAUCUUGUGCCGAUGGAAUACAAAGAGUACGAUAUCAUGGGCCACGGGCCAUACAAGGGCGUAGAACCCAUGGUAGUCUUUGCUUUAGCAUCGGACGACGGUUGCAGACACGAAAUAACCGUCCACCCUGCGGUUAAUCUGGCAAUGCGUGGAGGCCUGACAUGGUCAAACACUUCUACUUUCUACAUUGAGGAUGAGCUGCUGCCCCUCGGUAGAAUGCCGUUUCCCAGUAACGUCUCCUCGACCAGUCCGUAUGCGCGCCACUAUGCCUCUCCAGAAUGUGCAGACCGGGAUAUCAUCAUUCUCAACACCCCGUGGACCAAGCCCGUCAGGUUGGAGCUGAGUGAAGCGGCAGGGACAGGACUUGAGCUCAACAGGACCUAUGAACGCUCGCCUGACUUUCGCAUGAAGGCAUUGCUUUGCAAAUCUCAGUAUUCUAUGGAAACACACAACACUUCUACUUCAAUAGGCCAAGGCAAAGAGCCGAACAUUACGUCCAUGGAGUCGGACCAUAUUCAGCCCGUGUCAAUCACGAAAGAUAUGAUAGACAUCCCUAAGUUUGAAGAGAUGGCACUACAAGACACUUGGAAAUACUAUUUUAACGCCGAAAGCAUAGCGACUGAUGCGGACCGUGCUCUGGGCGGCCAGCUUGGCCCUUACUCCGAUCCGAACAUGACGACCAACGCUCCAGAGUUCUUUGGGCUUGGUCCGCUGCUUGGCGCUCUCUAUGCAUUCAACGUUACCGAAAUGUUGAACGACAGGGAGUUUAUUUCCCGCGCAGAAAGAGUCAAAGGAAGAUUCUUCACGGAGUGUCUUCGCGAGGCCUUGAACGACCCCGACGUAACACGCGUCGAAGUUACAAAAGGGAAGGCAACAGUGGUCGAAAAUAGAAUCAUGGUACUCCAAGAGAUCGGAAUCGCUUUGGCUACCCUCUUCUUGGUCUCCUUCUUGCUACUCAUCAUGGUAUUUUGGGUCUCACGACUAUCAUUUCGGCCGCUCGACCUCAGCAUGGACCCCGGCAGUACCCUUGGACAUGCUAUAAUCCUCCAACCCUAUUUUGCGAUGUCGCAACGGCCAACACCCAUCACCAAUGGAGCGGGUCUUACGUACCGUUCCAAAACCUGGGCUGGUGCGGCUAUCAAGGCCGCCCGCAACAAGCAUUGGAUGCUGUUCCUGGUCGCUACUGGAAGCGUUCUCUGCCAAAUUCUCACCGUUUCGAUGUCCGCGCUCUUCGAACGACAAGCUGCGAACGUAUCUCAUCGAGCGAUUCUUGAGAGGACGCUGGAACCUCGAGAGAUACCCAUUAUAACUACGGUGAAGACCUACGAACAACGAAUGGGUGCAGCUAUUCCGGGUCUGCCUCCAUUUGAAGUACUCAACGAUCUUCUGCUGAAUCCGCCUAAAAAUUGGCUUCCCGGCGCUGCCAUUCAGCUAUCACUCAAUGGCACUAAGCCUUCUUGGACUCAAGAUGAUUGGAGUUUCAUACCCUUCAAUCUUACCAGUAUUUCCCAAGUGGAUGCCAAAGAGACGAUAACGUUUCCGAAUAACGUAACAAUCACAACAUCUGCUCUACGAGCUCGGCUAGAAUGCGAGCAAGUACCCGAAGUAGCGAACACAUCGACAUGGCUCAUUCAUCCCGAUGAAAUUGAUUCCCAGGUCACACCGACGGAUCUGGAGGGCCUGGAAAAUUACUACUCCUUCAAUCAUACGAUGUUUGGCGGCAGCCCGUCAAACACUUCAGCAUUUGGCACCAGCGCUAUGCUGUCGUGUUGCUCAAACGGAACCAAGGACGAUCUGAAUUCAGCAGUGAUAGGAUACUGGUCCCCAGUAAAUGUCGAAGCGUUCCCAAACGCAGACAGUCAGUGGCCGAUUCCAUUCGUUACGAAAUGGAUCGUUGGUAAGCCUGUAACAGUUCCAGGCAGAGACGAGAACCAAGGACCAAUGCUGCUUUUCAAAGAUGUACCCGAUUUACAAGCCGCUCGUUGCAUGCCGAUAGUGGAGACGUCAGAUGCCAAAGUGGUCGUGGACGUGGAAACGGGCAUGGUCCAAUCCUAUGAGAUCAUCAGCCCUGUCGGCCCUGCAAAAUCAGCAUGGUCCGAAGUGUUUGUCCGACACGCACCGACCCAUGGCAACGCAACGCAGCAAUACGACAAAAAAUACCGAGGACCGUUGAACGUCACCACGAGUUAUGGAGUCUUAUUCAUGGGAUCCAUGUUCAAGGCCGCUGACCCGAAUCUCGGGCCAAAAGGGACAUUAUUCAUGGAAUCUCUUCGCGACAAUGCCUUCAUCAUGCGCGACGCUGAAACCGGCAUGAACAUGGACCUGAUGACAUACAGCAUGUAUAGCCUCGCCAACAAGGAUCCGCAGGCUUUGCUCGACUACGCAACACUUGUCACACACGCAAACCAUACCUUCCAAACUUUCUUCCAGCACUUCAUCAGCAAUGGUCUAUCUUUAGAGCAAGGCGGUUGGGCGUACCAAAAGAUCGGCGACAACAGGUUCUUCCGCGACGCAAGUACGCAAGUCUCCACACCAAUCGAACAGUUGAGGCACUGGUAUCCCACCGAACCCAGGUUCUUCAUAUGA